AUGAAUGGUACUACGACAUUACUCGUGCUGGAGGAGAGGUCGGCAGCGGCACCUACUAUAGCAUCGCUGAUGGCACCUGCACCACAGAAUCAGUACGAGCAGCGCGCGAUAGACCUGAUCACACUUCUAUAUUCCCGCGCCACCGCAUUCGCCAAAGGGGACAAGGAGCUGAUAAACAAGGGGCUGGAGAGGAUAUGCAGUAGUCUCGCAUCACACGACGUCGGCGGGCCCCUGCACCACCUCGCGUCUUCGUUCGCCGAAGCUCUAGCGCUGCGCGUGGUCCAGCUAUGGCAGGGCGUGUGCCGCGCCCUCCAGCUGCACAAGAUUACCCCUGCACCAGCGGCCGCCGCGGGGCGCCGCCACUUUGCCGAGAUGUGGUCGUUCCUCCACCUAGCCAGGACCACGGCGAACUACGCCAUCAUCGACGCAGCUCAGACGGAGAGGAAUGCCAUGCUCCAUGUCGUCCAUCUCAGUGGCGCUGAAGCCACCCAGUGGCUUCUGCUCCUCCUCCUCUUUGCCAAGUGUCCGGGAGCGGGCACACAUGACCAAAUGCUCCAUCUGACCAUUGUCAACAAGGAAGACGAGUUCCUGUCCAUCACCCGUGCGCUCCUUGCACGGGUAGCCGAGAGCCUGCACAUCGGCUUCCAGUUCCAUCCGGUGAAACUCCACGUCAAUCAGCUGCUCAACAUCGAGCCCCUCGGUGUCAGGAGCUGCGAAGAACUGGUCAUCCUCUCCACCCUACAGCUCCACCAUCUGCUCGCCGACGAGUUUGUAGAAGUGGCUACUCGUCCUCACGAUAGGAAAGGAAAAGCGCAGGCCCAUGCUACCAUGAUGAGGGCCGACACGCUCCUCCGCGACCUAGCGGAGCUAUCGCCGAAGCUCAUGGUGGUGACGGAGCAGGAUGCCGACCACUAUGGCGAGUUCAUGGGUCGGCUCGAUAACACACUCAAGUACUACGGGACCUGUUUGAUGCCCUGGAGGAGAGCAUACAUGCACGCUGGUUGA